GGCCUCAGCGGCGCCGUCUGGCCGCGGCCCUAGCACCGCGGCUCAGUCUGGCUCCGGCGCCGCCCGCGGCGGACGUGUCCUCGUCGCCGCCUCUGCUCCUCGCCCGCCGCGCCCGCGCCGCCUGUCAGCAGCCAUGAGUGCGCUCGGCCCGGGUUGAGCCGUCCGCCCGCUCGGUCAGUCAGUCCUCCGCCCCGAAGCCGUUUGCACGAUGGAGUCGCCCGCCUCGAGUCAACCCGCCGGCAUGCCCCAGCCCAAAGAAAAGACCAAGAGAAAGAAGUUACGAAUAUCAUGUGUGCCCAAGCCACCUGUGCCCAACCCCACGCCCCCCCGGAACCUGGACUCCCGGACAUUCAUCACCAUCGGAGAUAAGAACUUUGAGGUGGAGGCCGACGACCUGGUCACCAUCUCGGAGCUGGGCCGUGGUGCCUACGGGGUGGUGGAGAAGGUGCGGCAUGCCCAGAGCGGCACCAUCAUGGCCGUGAAGCGGAUCCGGGCCACUGUGAACUCGCAGGAGCAGAAGCGGCUGCUCAUGGACCUGGACGUCAACAUGCGUACCGUGGACUGCUUCUACACUGUCACCUUCUACGGGGCCCUCUUUAGAGAGGGAGAUGUCUGGAUCUGCAUGGAGCUCAUGGAUACAUCCCUUGACAAAUUCUACCGGAAGGUGCUGGAGAAGAACAUGACGAUUCCCGAAGACAUUCUGGGGGAGAUUGCUGUGUCUAUCGUCAGGGCCCUGGAGCAUCUGCACAGCAAGCUCUCGGUCAUCCACAGAGAUGUGAAACCGUCCAACGUCCUCAUCAACAAGGAGGGCCACGUGAAGAUGUGCGACUUCGGCAUCAGCGGCUACUUGGUGGACUCGGUGGCCAAGACAAUGGAUGCCGGCUGCAAGCCCUACAUGGCUCCCGAGAGAAUCAACCCGGAGCUGAACCAGAAGGGCUACAACGUCAAGUCUGAUGUCUGGAGCCUUGGCAUCACCAUGAUUGAGAUGGCCAUUCUCCGGUUUCCAUAUGAGUCCUGGGGGACCCCGUUCCAGCAGCUGAAGCAGGUGGUAGAAGAGCCGUCACCGCAGCUUCCUGCCGACCGCUUCUCCCCCGAAUUUGUAGACUUCACUGCGCAGUGCCUGAGGAAGAACCCAGCAGAGCGCAUGAGCUACUUGGAGCUGAUGGAGCACCCUUUCUUCACCUUGCACAAAACCAAGAAGACGGACAUCGCUGCCUUUGUGCAGGAGAUCCUGGGGGAAGACUCGUAGGUGGGGGCCAGGCCCCCCGCCGCACCCCUGACCGCACGCCUCCCGCUCGCCACAUCCACAAGCUGCCAGGGACUGAGGGGCCUGGGUCAGGCCCCGCCCGUGCCUCUGUCCCUGCUGCCCCAGGGACCCGCGUCUCCAGCCCCUGCUCCCUGACCCCGAGGCGCCGGGACGGCCCGGCGAACGCUGCUGGCCCAGCAGUGAAGGCAGCUGUGGCCCACCCGACCCUGGGUGCCACUCAAGUUGUACAUUUUUUUAAAAAAAUUUUAUCAGCUGAAUGAACUUUGCACACACUGGCCCAGGGUGGCCACACCUCUCCCAGCAAUGGAUUGGGGGCUGUAGGGAAGGGAUGGGCCACGGGGUCCCCUGGAGGUCCCCGUGAGCAGGCACCAGACCCGCCUCAAACCUUCACCCCACACGGCAGGGCCUCUGGGGGCAAGUCCGAGCCCCCCCUUCUCUUUUUUUUAAUUUAUCCUUUUGAUUAUUAUUUUUUCUUUUGCUUUGUGGGUUUGGUGGCUUUUCUUGCAUGGUUUGGAGCCGAUCACUGGUGGAAUUCCGCCCUCUGCUCAGGCUGGGGCCUGGGGCGCGGGCCCAGGUCUCCGUGGAGAGAGGUGCUGGCAACCUGCCCAGCUCAUCCCCUUCGGGGACUGGCUCUGGCGGGGCUCUGGAUUUGCUUUUGGUGUUUUUAAAAAAGAAAAAGAGAAAAAGAAGAAAAAAUAUAUUUUUUUGAAGAAUGGAA